GCUAGGGAGUAAAGAAUCUGGGUACGAAAUUGAGCUUGUUUACGCAACGCAUCCGGCUUGUGGGCUAGGUUUGUCUAAAGGACGGGAUGGCAAAUUGUUACUCGCUGUUGUUUCAAGAAAACAUCCACAAUGUAUAUGAUCUGCUGCAAGCUGAAGAUUAUAUAUUACAUCGGUUUGAUUGCAUAUCAUGUUUGCGACGUUUGUUUCGAUUGGUCAAAUUAUCAUAUACUAUUCGAAGACAACACAGUUUCUGGAAUUUUGACAAACAGUGCGACAAACAGUUCGACAAACAGCCGUCUUACUGCGUGUAAGAUCUCUUUUAUCAGCUGUGUUACCGGUACUUUGUUCAGCAUAACCAUGAUCGUGGCGUACGGAUAUUACAUCAAGUUCCACUGGUAUUGCAUUCACCAUGCAAGCUACCGAUCCGCUAAGUAUUCAGAUGGUGAAUUUUCGAUCUUCAGCGAUCGUGGAUGUGACAAGAAAUGCAACCGCAAAUUCGUCGCACUUGAAUUAUGGGUAUCGGCUCUGGAACUUUUCCUUAAAGAUGACAUUCAAAGCGGUAUAUUGUUUUGGAUUUACAAUUCGCAAUUUAUCAAAACCAAACCCUACUGGCAAUUCAUCGUCUUACAAGCCUGCAGCAUUACAGCACACUUGAAGCUGGGAAUAUGUUUCAUGGCAAAAUUGUUUGGAUGGGGUGCAGGCGAAGAAACCUGUUGCGAUGUUUCGUGUGCUAAGAUCUUGGCCUCUGUGAUUGGAUUGAUGGGCUCAGUAGUUUUCUUAGGCCUAACUGUGGUGUCCCUCGUGGAAGCAGUAAACGUUUAAUUAAACUUCAGAGCAAAUUAAGGCAUUUCGCGAUAAAGAAAUGAACUACUGUUCGUUGACUACUGGAUCAUAAAUGUGUUGUUCAACCAAUUAGCA